CCAAAGAUCACUCCCUCCCCUCUGUUGUUUUGCCAGGUGCUGUUGACAUGAGACUUAAAGGGCUCAAAGGUGUCCUGCUGUUUGCCUUGGUGGCCUCCACCCUCUUGUACCUGGGCACCAUUUGGAGGGAUGUGCAAAGCCACUCGAACAGGCCAGACUCCGUCCAGGGAUGGGGGAUAUUCGAGAGGUUGGAAAAGAUGGAAACUAAGAUCGAGAGGAUGCUCAAAGCGGUAAACAAGCUGCAGCCAGCGCCAGUGUUGUUGGAAGCUGAGGACAAGGCAGAAAAGGAGGACAAGAAGGAGAAUAAGAUGGUGGUGAGGAAACUGUUCCCCAACUCGGCCCUGUUCAAGAAGUGGGGCGAGGGUCUGAGCGAGGAGGAGCAGAAGGAAGCCGAGGACUUGUUCGCAAAGUAUGGCUACAACACCUUCCUCAGCGACAGGCUGCCGCUCAACAGGGAGAUUCCCGACACGCGGCACCCCAGAUGCAUACAGAAAAAGUACCCUGCUGAUCUCCCCAGCCUGAGCGUGGUGUUGAUUUACCUGAAUGAAGCACUUUCCAUUAUCAAACGGGCUAUCCGCAGCAUCAUAGACAAGACCCCCGCCAGCCUGCUCAGAGAGAUAAUACUGGUGGAUGACCACAGCACAAAUGAGGACCUGAAGGAGAAGCUGGACGACUACAUUAGGAUCAUCCACGAGGAGCGGGCGGGUCUGCUGAAGCGGGUGGUGCACAAGGAGCAGCUCGGCCUCACCCAGGCCAGACUGUCCGGAUGGAAGACAGCCACCGGUGACGUGGUGGCCAUCCUGGAUGCCCAUAUUGAAGUCCACGUCCAAUGGGCAGAGCCGCUGCUGGCACGCAUCAAGGAGGACCCCACGGUCAUCUUGACGCCCGUCUUCGAUCGGGUCAAUUAUGACGACUUGACAGUGACCCACUAUGUACCGGCGGCUGACGCCUUUGACUGGGCUCUCUGGUGCAUGUACGAGUCCUUCAGGCCCGAGUGGUACAAGCUCAAGGACGAGUCGCUGCCUGCCAAGAGCCCGUCUAUCAUGGGGAUAUUUGCGGCCGACCGCAAGUUCUUUGGCGAGAUCGGGAGCCUGGACGGAGGAAUGAAAAUAUACGGCGGCGAGAACGUGGAGUUGGGCAUCCGGGUGUGGCUGUGCGGCGGCAGCGUGGAGGUCAUCCCCUGCUCCAAGAUUGCCCACAUCGAGCGCGACAGCAAGCCCUACCUGCCCGACCUCAGCAUCACCAUGAAGCGAAAUGCACUGCGUGUGGCCGAGGUGUGGCUGGAUGAGUACAAGUACAACGUCAACAUCGCCUGGAACCUUCCCUUGCAGAAUCAUGGCGUGGACAUUGGCGACGUGUCAGAACGGAAGGCGCUGAGGAAACGGCUCAAGUGCAAGCCCUUCAAGUGGUACCUGGAUAAUGUUUACCCCAUGCUGGAUCCUCUUCAAGACCUGGUCGCCUACGGAGCGUUAAUAAACCAGUUGAAGCCGGAUCUGUGCAUCGACCAGGGUCCAGUUCCGGGUAGCACACCAAUCAUCUACUCGUGCCACUACUUUGCCCCACAGCGCUGCUACUACCGCACCAACGGGGAGCUCUAUGUGGGUGGCAUCAAAUCCCACACGUACAACAGCAACCGCUGCCUGGUGGACCCCGGCAGUGGCGUCUACCCAGCCCUCUACGAGUGCAAGAUAGCCAAGCAGAAGAAGUUCAACAUGUUUUGGGACUUCAAGCAGGGGUCAUCGAUCCAGAACCGGGACACAAAGCGAUGUUUGGAGAUCGCCCAGGGUGAAGACAGCUACUAUCAGCUCAUUGUGCAGCGCUGCAGUGGUCAGAUCUGGAACAUUCAGAAUGACAUCAGAGAGAGAGAGGCUCGAGUGUAACGAGGCAGCCGUCCAACCAGCAAACUAGUUAGGUGGGCCUUUAUUUAAUUCGCACUACAGCCCCGUAAUGUGAGAUAUUUUGCACAAGAUGAGUCACAUGGGUCACUGACAAGUACAGAUGG